AAUUUAUAGCCCCGCCGUAGCAUACCUGGUCCCACCGUGCAAGGCAUCCUCGUGCACCAAUUAGGGAUGGUCUGUUGCGCUUCGAAGAACAGGCGAGAAUCUCAACGGGCAUAGAGUUGGCGAUAGUUUUUGUCAGCGCUUUCCCCCCCUCCACGUCCCUCAUUUAUCACAUUGUCCGUCCCUCGUCUCAUUGUCUCAGUCUUUAUUUGUGUCUCCUCCCUUCGCUCGUUUUGACUUGACUCCGAAGAAGCCGGUUUACGAAACGCUUCGCGGGUACCGCUCAUAUCUGCGGGGCCAUUUUCUGAACCCUAUCGCGGUCUAUCCGGUUCCUCUCUUUUUGCGAACCCUUGCCUUCUCUCUCAACCGGCCUGCGGGUAUGACAUUAUGGGUUUACUAGCGCUCGGGACGGCACUUGAGUGGACGGAGGCUAAAAAACGAGCGGACCAGGUCCGGAAAUGGGGAAUUGAGCAAUUAUUAGCGAAUUGGCAUAGAGCCAAAGGGAAAGAGCGCGAUGCUCUUCUUUGGGGUGACGAGGUCGAAUACCUCGUCGUAGCCUUGGAUGAUGCGUCCAAAAAGGCCCGUCUAUCGCUCGCUCAGGCGGAGAUUCUCAAAUCGUUGGCGCGAGAUGAAGAGCUCUGGAAAGAAGGGAAAUGCACAUACUCUGAGAAUAAGGAACAUGAGGGCGAGGAACCACCUCACUUUCACCCUGAGUUCGGGCGCUUCAUGCUGGAGGCCACACCGGGAAGGCCGUGGGGAAUCGACUUCAAGGAUUUGUUAAAGGUCGAGUCAAACAUGAGAUGGAGGCGAGAAGUGGCAAAGGCACACAUGGCACCAAACGAGUCCCCUAUAACCUUGACUACUUUCCCCAGACUGGGCACGAAAGAUGAUUAUAUCCAGCCCUACUAUCCGCCAUCUGGGCCAGCGCUACGAUCUCAGUUUGUGCCUGAUGAGAUUGCAAAUCCUCAUAUUCGAUUCCCCACGUUGGCAGCAAAUAUCAGAGCACGGAGGGGCCGAAAGGUCGAACUAAAUGUGCCGGUCUUCAGAGAUAAAAACACUCCUCAGCCUUUCAAAGACCCAACUGUGGACUAUGAUCUUCACAAUUGGCCCGAGGAUGAUGAUGUCAGGAAUGGAGCUGCAAAGGACGACCAUGUCUACAUGGACGCAAUGGCUUUUGGUAUGGGCAGUUGCUGUCUCCAAAUUACCUUCCAAGCCAAAAAUAUUCCCGAAGGGAGGAAGCUUUACGACCAACUCAGCCCAUUAGGGCCGAUCCUUCUCGCGCUCACAGCUGCGACCCCCAUCUACAAAGGCUUCCUCGUGGAUACGGAUGUUCGAUGGAAUCAAAUCGGCAAUGCUGUUGAUGACCGCACGAGGGAGGAGCUUGGCGAGCUUCCCUUGAAAAACGAUAGGUGGAGGAUUCCAAAAUCGAGAUACGCUUCGAAUUCGACUUAUAUCUCGCAAGACCCCAGGUUACGGAAAGAGUACUUGGAUCCAGAUCUAAUUGUGGACGAAGACAUCAAGAACCGCCUGAUGCAAGAUGGUAUGGACGAGCUCUUGGCCACGCAUUUCGCACAUCUUUUUAUUCGUGACCCAAUUGUCAUUUUCUCGGAAGACCUCGAGGAACUUGACUUGAACAAGGCCGAUCAUUUUGAGAACCUUCAGUCGACAAACUGGCAGCACAUGCGAUUCAAACCACCACCACCAGAGAAGCACGAUAUUGGCUGGAGAGUCGAGUUUCGGUCCAUGGAAAUUCAAAUGACUGACUUUGAGAACGCUGCAUUUGCCAUCUUCAUCGUCCUUGUCACCCGAGCAAUCUUGAGCUUUGAUUUGAACUUUUACAUCCCAAUUCAGAGAACCACUGAGAAUAUGGAGACGGCACACGCGCGCAAUGCGGUCCUCGAUCAGAAGUUUUACUUCCGAAGAGAUCCAUUUUCUCCACCGGUCCGCAGGCAUCAACAAUCGUCGAGUAGCAGCAACGCUUCAUCAACCACACCCUCUGCGUACUAUACUCCUCCGCCGUCGCCGCCUCUUGCCCCUGUUGAAUCAGAAUAUCAGCUUAUGACAAUUGCCGACAUCAUCAACGGGUCUCCUGAUGGAACUUUCCCCGGGCUGAUCCCUCUUGUCGAGUCGUACCUGAACAGCGUCAAUGUAGAUGUUGAGACACGAUGCUCGCUGGCAAGAUAUCUCGACUUCAUCCGCAAGCGGGCUAACGGGACUCUAUGGACCGGUGCCAAGUGGAUCCGCGAAUUUGUCGCGAAACACCCUGCUUACAAGCAGGACAGUGCUGUGUCUGAGGAGAUAUGCUACGACUUGGUGAAAGCUGUUGAGGAAAUGACCGUGAAAGAAGGCGCAGAUGGAAGUGUUGGUUGGGAGCUUCUUAGAGGCAGGAAGGAUUAAAUAUAUAUUACAGAGAUAGACAUGGGUACUUCACAUAUAUACCCUCACCCGUGCUUUUUGUUUUGGAUACAUAGCCUAGCUUAUUUAUCACGCUGUGGUCUUCUGUUCUUGGCUUGGCUUUUUCUCCCUUCCUUUCUCGCUGUGUUACAGCAAGAGAUCCCACAUUCCAUUCCAUUCAGAACAAAGAUAUCUUUUCCUCCUCUGUCGGACGGCGACACGAAUCAGCUAACCCGGUGACCUUCCAUUUGCCAUUGAGCUUAUGCAGGACGAAAAGCUCCACGCCGACAUGGUUCACGACCCCGUUGAUUUUGGCUCGGAAGGCGCCCAAACAGUAGCGAGAUUCCCCGACUCGUACACCUUGACUUCAGGAUCCCAGAUCUGCUCGUCGAUCUCGUCUUCGACUUUUGCAAUGUGCUCCACGAAAGCUCCAAUCGUGCAGAAACGAGGCGUUGUGGGUGCCGGUGGCCAUAGCGACAUACCCCCUGCGCGCACGCAGUACUUUUCGAACUCGAUGACGUUUUUGGAAUUCAGUGCAGAGACAAAUCCUUUGAUAACCGCGAUUAUGGAGUCAACCUCGGAGGGAGAUUGGGAGAAACUGGGCAAGGUAGAAGUUAGAGAGGACAAUGACCAGCCCAUGCUCGUGGCGUGGAAAGGGCACUGGAGAAGAAAGAUCGAUGAGUGUUCUCUCCUGCGUCUCUUUUUCUUUUGCUUGACCUUCAAGAGAACACCACUGACCGGCUUUCAUAUAAUUUUAUUCAGCCCUCGGAAAGGUACGCACGUCAGUCGCCAGCCACCCGUGGCCCUCGUGCCCGUAUACCUGCAGAUUUCCGCCAAAAUGUGGGAAACUAUGUACUACCUUGGCUGGGCCUCCAGACCUUGGCUUCUCACACUCGGCAGUCUACAGCUUGGGUAGCAGAUAUAUCGAUUGCUCAUGGAAUGUGUUUCUGGUACUGUCCGCACUUGAAGGCACCUACUUGUCGACUUCAGUGGAGCAGAGCAAAUCUGGUAGAUGUCGUUUUAAGAUACAUGCUACCGUUGCAGUACCAAUCCGAUAUGUCUCAAUGUGGUCGCACAGAGAAGGCACGAGCAGCCUACACUGGAGUCGAUGCAAGUCAUAUCGCUGUCGGAUUGGAUGAACUUGUGCAACACAAGUAGGAGCAGGAUGCAGCAGGAAACAGAUCCGAUUGACUAUCUUAGAUGCCGUGUGAUAUAAUUCAUCUCAAAUCUACCUUAGGGAAACUGGAUUACGGACCUACGUUUACCACCUCGCUCUCAAUCUCAUUCAUACGUAAUCGAUCCGGACGUAAAGUUGCGAGACGACAAAC